AUGGCUGCACUGGUUCAAACGAUCUCUCAACAUAGCAGCACAGUUCCCGUGCUCCAGACUCGUCCGACCUCCUCCUCCUCCAAUAAUACUUUCAUUCCGCCGACGAUCCCGAACUCAGGUCCCGUCUACCAGAACAUGUCGUGGGGCACUUUCAAUAACGGCAAUACCGGGGUGUAUCGCCCCGGCCACCCGGUUGUGGCACCAUAUGCCUACACCCCCAGUCUGAGUCCCGGUGCCCCAUCUCCCACCGCUCAGCACCGCCAGUCGUGGGCGCCUCAUCUGCGUCCGGAGCAUCGAACUUCCUCCGCUCCAGCGAUCCACCAAGUCGCACCGCACGGGUCUCAUUCAGGGACCUCACGUUCCAACAAUCCUGCAGCUGGUUCUGUAUCCAAUUCGUCGUCUUCAAACGCCUCCUUUCGCUCCCACCUCUCCAAAGACGACACGGCUCUCCCUUCUCGGCCCCUGAGAACGGAGCAACCGCCCCGCCCCGUGUCCAUGGCCAACCUCCCCUCUCCCACCGUUCCUUCCCCUUCUGCCUCGGCGACCACCGCCAAACCAUCCCCCAACCGUUACCGUCGUCCCAACCAACAACGUGCGGACAGCUUCCAGUCCCAGUCCUCCGGAUUGGUGUCGACCCCUCCCGCGGUGGAGGACAAAGUGCAGAGUGGCUCCGCCCCCGUCCUUCGAUCUCCCGGCCACAAUCGUGUCUCGAGCGUGGAUGAUGCGUCCCCGCAGGAAAAAUCACAGCCUGAACUCGCCAAGCGUUAUCGGCGCCGGAGUUUGGGAACCAUGGACUCAGCCACGUAUCCCCACCUGGAUCUGCAGCUUCCGACACCAGCGGCGUCGUCGCCCCAGCCGGGUGCAUAUGAUUUCAUCGCGUUUGAUUCCGGCCCGCGACCCCGGUCGUCCCACUCCCAUCGGGAUAGCGUAGCCAGUGCCCAUUCGACACAGUCCUCGUCUUCCUCGCUUCGGGAGGCUUCUCCCUCCGAGACGGGUUCCACCACCGGCAAGGCCGGGCGGACGGAGGACAAGCGGGUCAACAAACCGUCGCCCCUGUCGCAGCAACCGUCCAGUACACCGGAAUCCCCCAAGGUUGCCCCGGCCACGACACAGAAAUCCACGACGGCGACAUCACCCCCGGAAGCCUCGCCGGCUGCCAAGCGCUUGGCUGAAUUGAAAAAUGACCAGAAGCGUCCCGGCAAGUCACGACUCCGACGCGCCUUCUCCUUCGGCAGCGCCUCAGAGCUGCUGAAGGCCUCCUCCGCCCAGCAAACGGCUGCGAGACGCGAGGCGGCGGCAGCCGAACAAGCCCGCCGUGAGGCUCUUCGGGAAGAGUUAGGCGAGGAACAGGCGGCUAUUGCGGAACAGCAAGAAGCAAGUGGGUUGGGGGAGAGUAUCUACUCCCAUCAAGGCAACUUCUUCCGUGGCUCCACGGAUGCGUUGUCCGUCUCUUCAACCGCCUCCUCCGCCUCCAUGAUGCUUCGCAAGAUGGGCAAGGGCAUGAAGCGAGGUGGUCGGUCGCUGGUGGGACUCUUUCGUCCAAAGUCCAUCGCGAGCGUCAGCUCCCUGGAAGGUGCCGGGGCGUCCGAUCAGCCCAUGGCCGCCCCCAAAAUCUCCGUGAUCAACGUUGAAGGGGAGCGUGCGGAGUUGGAAAGCGUAACAGUGAAUCCAGAUCCGCAGGACAUGCCCCGCGGCGGGACUGUGUUCCCCAGAUCCGAAGGGCCGUCGGAGCCUCGCCGAUCCGUCUCCGUGCGCGAGCGGUCUCAGCAACGCAGUGUCUCGGAUAAUACCGCCGACACGCGUAAAAGUAUCAUGGGAGGAGAUCGUGAGCGUGCAGAAGUGCUGUCCAAGAUUCGCAAGACCAGAGGCAUCCUGAAGAAGACUCACUCGGAUCUUGGAGUCUCCUUACACGGUCGGGCACAGAACGGCAGUGACUCGCCUCAUUCCAGUGCCCCGCCCACCCCCGAUGAUGGAUCCCGGGCGGCUCGCCCCGGCGAGCACAUCAAGAUUGCCGGCGAGGACUACUUCAUGUCGCAAGGUGGACGGUUCACGGGGGAUGACCCCAAGAGCGCCCCGAUGACCCCUCAGCCGACCUCACGAAACAUCAUGUUCAGUCCCCGCAUUCAGUUCCACGACACCUGGCCGAGUGGCGAGUACGAUCGUCGUGGUGACAUUGCGACCUGCAAUCGCUUAACACCGCUGCUUGCCCAACAGAUUCGGGAGGAGAUCAACAACUUUAAGAUGGAGAUGGAAGUUCACGAAAAUUCCAAGAUUUACACGCACUUCAUCUGA